GAUAUGUGAUACCUUUGUGGGUGGAAGUGCAGCAGGCUCUGGGCCCAGAAGAGAGUCCUUAGCAACGUGCCCCAAGUCCUUAGCAACGUGCCGCAAGGCCUUGGUAACGCAGCACUUGAGAAGCUGAGAGGGUUUCAGAUAAGAAUUGGCCUCCCAAGAUAUCGACAUGCUAAGUUCUUCUAUUUAUCCACUUGCUAACCCCAAGGGUGUCAAACUGGAGUGUGAGUUGUGCCAAAAAACCGCUCAUGUGAUGUGCCCCCAGUGCAGGGUGACUUUCUACUGUGAUGUAACACACCAAGCCGCAGACUGGAAUGGAAUCCAUGAGAAGAUUUGCCAGCUCCUGAUUCCAGUACGGACACCACUGCCAUUCCUCAGCUCUACCAAAGAGCGAGAACACAGUAAGGAGCAGCUGGUGCAGAGACAGAAACAUCUCAUUGAUCUGACACGGACUGUGGCUCAAAAGCUUCUGUUCGAGGGUAAACAUGAAGAGGCUAUCCCUGGAGCCUUGCAGUCUUUGCGCUUUGCGAUAGCUGUUUAUGGCAGCCUCUCUGCUGAGUUAGUGCCAUCUCAAUUACUCCUGGCUGAAGCUAGUAUUGGCCUUGGCCGACUGGAUGAAGCAGAAGAAUACCUCUCUCAAGCUCAGUGGACAAUGAUGAAGACUACAGAGUGUAUUAAUGCCAUUCAAUACAAGUUGUACCGAAAUCUGGGUCUUCUGUACACUGCUAAAUGUGAAUUUGACAAAGCACUGUGGUACUUUGCUGAUGAUAUUUACCACGCCACCCGGGUAUUUAGUGUGUCCGAUAUUCACACAGCUGGUGGGUAUUACCAUAUGGCCAAUGUGUUUUACAAGCAGGAAAAGAUGGACAUAGCAGACUCGCUGUACUCAGAGGUGACUGAUAUCUGGAAAAAUUUCCUGGGUGAACUGGUUGAGAUGGAAAUACAAAAAUCUCUGUGGAAAGCUGGCAUCAGUUCACCAGAACCUGGCACCAGCCUCGUUGAUUUGGAAGAUGUUUUUGAUGAAUCCCAGGAAGCAGAAGCAGUCAAGGUCCUGCAUGCGAUUUUUGACAUGAGAAACCAGGAGCUCCUCGUGAAAAAUGGCAAAAUUGGAAAUAUUGCUCACACCUUGGCAAUGCUUUAUUACCUGUUCCUGGACUUUAACAAGGCAGUUGAAUAUGGUGACCUGGCUUUGGAGGAUAAUGAGUUGUUUGCACACAACAAAAAAGAGAUUGCAACAAUCCAACGUCUUCUUGAAAUGGCUAAAAAGGCACUUUCGUAUCCUGGCGGGAAGGGACCAUCCGCCUAUAAUUGGGCUAAUUCUUGCUAAAAGUUGCUGUACCAUUGUGUCAGGUUGUUCAGUUUGAAUACCAAAAUGGAGAAGUGGUUACAUUUCAAGUACUCACAUGGAAGUGGCCUGAGGCUCUGCAAUGUUUUGGCAAUACAUGUAUAAAAACAGAAAACUGUCUGUGCGUUUCUUUAACAAAGAUAGCAAGCGAGGGAACGCGAGCUUCAUCCGUGGCCAUUAAAAGCCAGUAUCAUAUAACAAAUAAUGGG